AUGCCUCUGGCCUUGGCCCUGGCGCUUCUGUGCAGCUUGAGCGGUCCAGGGGGCUGGGGCUGCCUGCAAUGCGACCAGUUGGUGCAAGGUGCGCUCAGCCAGCUGCACGCGGCCAUCAUUCCCAAGCGCUUCCACCUGGAAGAGCUGCAGGCGCGCGCGCAGGCUCUGCUGCUGGGCAUGGAGGGGUCUUUCUUCAGGGACUACGCCACGAACGCAUUCGUGGGGAAAGUGGGUGUGGAUAACCUGGAGAACGUGGCGACCUCCUUCACGAACCAGACCCAGUACAUAAAGGCCAACUCUCUGACAGAUGGUCCUCUGCUGGAAGAGCUGGUGAGCCUCAGGGAACAUGCCAUCAAGGAACUAAAGAAAGCGUUAAAAGCCUAUGAAGUAAAAGCCUGCGACCACAAAGUUUGUCACUUGCUCAAGGAGGAGGUCAUGGAUUGUUUCUACUGCAAGAAAAUUGCCCCCAGAUGCAUCAAGGAGAAGUACUGCUAUGUGGAUGGGCAGCCCCGCAUGGCUCUCAAGUUCCAGUCUGACAGCAAGCUGAGGAACAUGGUGUUGGUGGGCAACUUGGUGGCCAUAGGACUGGCUAUCCUAGCCUUCGUGGUCAUCCUGAUCGCGGCUUGUACUUACAGACAAAACCGAAAACUCCUGCUGAAGUAG